AUGGAGAUAUGCACCUUUAGAAACAGAACAUCUAACAAACCUAGAAAAACAAUUAUGGUUCUUGGAGCAACAGGUUCUGGCAAAUCCACCCUGAUCAACGGAAUGGUCAACUACAUCUUAGGUGUCCAGUGGGAGGAUGACUUCAGGUUCAAGGUAAUCCACGAAGAAACAUAUAGAAGUCAAGCUGAAAGCCAAACGUCUGCUGUCACUGUCUAUGAAAUGAACUACCAGGAUUGUUUCAAGGUCCCAUACUCCUUCACUAUAAUCGACACGCCAGGUUUUGGAGACACCAGAGGAAUUCAGCAGGAUAAACAAAUCACUGAGCAGAUACGAGAAUGUUUUUCAUCCCCACAGGGUGUCCAGCACAUUAACGCAGUGUGCUUUGUGGUUCAGGCUUCCCAAGCUCGACUGACACACACACAGAAGUACAUCUUUGACUCCAUUUUGUCCAUUUUUGGUAAAGACAUUGCCAAUAACAUCCUGAUCACAUUUGCAGAUGGACAGCGUCCACCAGUUCUUGAUGCCAUCACGGAGUCUAACAUACUGUUCCCCAAAGAUGACAAAGGAAGCCCUCUUUUUUUCAAAUUUAAUAAUUCUGCCCUCUUUGCUAAUAAAUGACAAGACUAAUAGCAAUGAUGAUCUGAUGUUUGACAAAAUGUUUUGGGACAUGGGUGCAAAGAGCAUGGAGAAGUUUUUUGAUUCUUUAUUGAAGAAUGAUGACAGAAGUUUAGUACUGACUAAAGAGGUGCUUGAUGAGCGCAGGUGCUUGGAGGUGGCAGUGGAAGGAUUGCAACCUCAAAUCAAAGCUGGAUUGACAAAACUUGAAGAAAUGAGACGCACCCGUGACAUUUUAAAUAAGCACAUUACUGACAUAGAGAGCAACAAGGAUUUUGAGUAUGAAGUGGAUGAAAAUGAGACAAUAAGAGAGAGCAUUGCAGGCACCGGCAAGUUCAUCACUAACUGCCAGAAGUGCAACUUCACCUGUCAUU